AUGAAGCUGUGUGUCCGUACGCUCGCAGCUGAUCUCAGUUCAGUCCGUCUGAGCUGAGCGGAAACUUUGGAUGCUUUUCUUGCUCUGGAGCUUCUUCUUCUUCUUCUUCAUGAACAUCUGAGCAGACUUCCUGUCCCGCCUCCACCAUGAGUGACAUCUACGAGUCCGCAGCCAACUCUCUGGGCUUGUUCAGCAGUCCCUGUCUCACCAAAGUGGAGCUCAGACUCACCUGUAAAGGGAUCUCAGACCGGGACGCUCUGUCCAAACCCGACCCCUGCAUUGUGCUCAACAUGCAGUCCCACGGACAGUGGAUGGAGGUGGAUCGGACGGAGGUGAUCCGCAGCUGCGUCAGCCCUACCUACUCAAAGGUUUUCACGCUGGACUUUUAUUUUGAAGAGGUGCAGCGUCUGCGCUUCGAGCUGUACGACAUCAACAGCAGCCACAACGGCCUGAAGGAGGCGAUCUUCCUGGGAUCGGUGGAGUGCACGCUGGGACAGACCGGCGAGUCUUUGUUCAACCACAGGUUUCGCCCCCUGGUGGCCUUGAAGCAGAAUGCAGGUCUUCCACUCCAUUUGUCUGUGGUUCAGAGUGACUUCCAGUGUUGCCGACUUAGCAACUUUGUCGCUGUCGCUAUAUUUAGCGACAAAGUUGCUAAAUAUAGCAACUUUGUCGCUUGA